AUGCUUCACCAUUUACGACGCCCGCACUUUAGCCUCACUGUGCCAGGCGCGCCUCUACACUCCUCCCGCAGCCAAGCCUUUCUCAUCAACGAUGACCUCAAACCCUUCCCUCCCUCUUUGCGAACAUGGGGCGCCCUCAACUAUCUCGGCUUCUGGAUUGCAGAUGGUUUCAACCUCUCAUCAAUGAUGAUCGCCUCGACCGCCGUCGCGGCAGGUCUCAGUUGGUGGCAGGCAUGGCUAGCCGUUUGGAUCGGGUACGGUAUCACAGCGGUCGUCAUUGCGGCUCAGGCUAGGACUGGUGCGGCGUACCAUAUCGGGUUCCCAGUACUGGCGAGGAGCGCCUGGGGAGUCUACGGUAGCGUGUGGCCGGUAUUGAAUCGUGUGGUUCUCGCGGUAGUGUGGUUCGCUUUUCAGUCGUGGGUCGGCGGUGAAUGCACCAAGCUGGUUCUUCGCUCCCUUUCGCCAUCCUGGGGCAACGCUUCUGCCCAACUGUCGGGCACGACGCGCAACGACUUCCUCUCAUUCUUCAUCUUCUGGCUGCUUCAGUUCCCAACCACCUGGGUCAGCCCACAAAAGAUCAAGCACCUCUUUACCGCGAAGGCAGUCGCCAUGCCUAUUGCAGCAUUGGGACUGUUCGGCUGGACCGUCGGCCUUGCUGGCGGACUGGGACCCGUGGUGCAUCAGAAGGCUACGGUCAGCGGCAGCACGCUCGGGUGGGGGUUUGUGGUAGCUGUCUUCAGCCAGCUGAGCAACAUGGUCACACUGGCUUGUAAUGAGCCCGACUUCGCCCGUCUCGCCCGCAAGCGCAGCGAUGUCAUGCUCCCUCAGCUUCUCUCGAUCCCGCUGGUCUUCUCCAUCACCAGCUUGAUCGGCAUCCUCGUCUCGUCGUCAUCAACCGUUCUCUUCGACGGCGCCACCACUUGGAAUCCGCUCGACAUCCUCUCUGGUCUCCUCGACCGAGACCCGUACAACUCUUCCACCCGAGCUGGCGUCUUCUUCAUCGCUGCCGCCUUCAUCAUUGCCCAGAUGGGAACGAACGUGGCAGCCAACUCCUUGUCAGCCGGAUCGGACCUGACUGCCCUCCUGCCGCGCUACAUCACCAUCAAACGUGGCCAGAUUUUGUGCGCCCUCAUCUCGCUCUGCAUCUGCCCCUGGUACUUUGCCAGUUCUUCGUCAAGCUUUACCUCCUACCUGUCGGCCUACUCCGUCCUCCUCGCACCCAUCCUGGGAGUGAUCAUGUGCGACUCGUACGCUCUGAGGAGAGGCAAGAUCGAUGUGCCGAGCCUUUACCAGUCACACGGUGCCGCCCGCUACGCUCGUGGAUUCAACUGGAGGGCGUACGCUGCCUAUCUGAUUGGGUGCGCUCUCAAUCUUCCCGGAUUCGUGGCUGCCGUCUCCCCGACCUUGGGUGCUAAUGUGCCCAUGGGACUGGUCCGAGUCUACCAGAUGGCCUUCUUCACCGGCUCGCUUUCCUCUGCUCUGUGCUACAUCCUCUUCAACCAGCUCUCCCCCGUCGAGGGAGGCGUAAGCGUUAAGGAGAAGGGCUGGUACGAGCUCAAGGAAGAGGACACCGUCGACUUCGAUGGAACGCCAUUUGCAUUCGUGCAGUCGUAUGUGCAGGGUGACGUGAUGGAGGAUGUUGAGCAGCGAUCUCGAUCUGCGUCCGCCGAUGGGGAUAUGGGCGAGAAGUCAGAGGUCGACAAGGGUGAGGGCGCCGAUAGUCCCAAGCCACAGGUCACUGUGACGCCGUUUGAAGCCACCUCGAAGUAG